ACCCCUCCUCGGAGCACUCCUGGAGAAAGCCUGGAGAGAUCCUGUCACUGCUCCAAGAUCCUGUCUCAACAUCAGACAUGGGAACCAGGAGCCCCGAACAAGACUUCACAGCCUGAUCAACCAGUGAAGUUGUUUGUCACCUUACGGGGUGCUCCUGCUGAACUCCCACAAAAGUGAGAAGAAGGACUCAAAGACAACAUGAAACUGAAGUCUGCUCUGGGACUUUGCAGCGACAUGGCCCUGUGGGUACAAACUCUAGCCUUCCUCCUGGCUCUUCCACCCUUCCUGUGUGUGCAGGAUCCAGCACCAUCCAGUCCCAGCAGGCAGGAAGGAGUCAAGAGUCCAGGUAAUGUUGAUGUCCAUCAACCCGUGGUGAUUCCUGUCUCAUCGAACCUUGAAGCAAAGUGCCGAGUGCCAGAGCUCUGGGACAGCCGAGCUGACUUCACACCAAAACAGCUGUCUUAUAACCCAGGUGAGAUGGUGACAUGGAGCUGCCCCAAGGGCCAUCGGCCCUCACUAGUCAACACCAUGUGCAUGCAGUUGGGGAACUGGAAUCCACCGAGUAUCCACUGUGUUGGGUUCUGUACAGUUGCUGGGAACUUGCCCCCAUCCGUGUCCACAACCUCCAUCCAGACAGAGUUUCCAAUUGGCCAGAGGGUUUGGGUGACCUGUCGUCCAGAGCAGUUUGAGGAGGGCUCAUUUCCGGUGCAGUGUGUGGACAGAGCCGGGCAUCCUGAGUGGGACAUAAGCCAUGUGAGCUGCAUUGGAAAGCCAGAGUCCAAGCAAGCAGGGAUUAUGGCAUGGUACGUGGCCAUGGCCAUGGCCAUAGGACUGCUGCUGUCUGCUGGGGCCCUUGUGAUGUGGGUUGUGCUGUCCAGGCGGCACCAGGCUGCAAGAAGCAGCACAGAGCAGGAGCACUAUGAAGAGCUGCAGCCCCAGGGCCCAUUGGACAUCUACAGCCAGAUGCAGACCCCUCUGCCAGCAGUGCCAGGAGUUGCCAGGAGGGGCAUCCCAGACUCCUCCCUGCAGGCCUGAGUCAUGGCCCAGCUGGCCGUGCAAAUUAACCCUGUUCCCUCUGCAAGCCAAAGUGGCAGAGCUUCAGGGACAGCUCCUGAGAUCCCCAGGCAUCGGGGGAUUAACAUAGGCAUCUGGACCAGUUAUGGGACUUGGGGGUGCAGCAAAAUGGGUCCCAUUUGUGCUGCAUGCCCAGAGUCCUCCAACCCUGCACUGUUUUUCCCCUGACACCUCCUCCUUUCCAGGCUGGGCAACCUCAGCCUCAUUCAGCCGCAGAACCUGCUCUACUCCAUCCACUCAGUGGAAUAUCAAGUUUGGGGUGUCCUCAAUCAUCUCCUUUCCAUGGACUCUGCCUCCACUACAGCCACAACCCAGCACUCUGGGGGAAAAUGUAAACCAUGCAAUACAAGCACCAGUCCCGUCUCAAAGGAGUGACCAGGCUCCAAGCAGAAAGGAAAACACAAAAGAAAGUUUCUAGGGGACUUAGCUUGCUUCCUAUGCAGGUCCCAGGUUCUCUUCCCUGGGAGUGGCUUCCUGAGUCCUCUCACCAUAGUCUAGGUGGGUGAAGAGGCCUCAGACUGGAGUUGUCUGGGGGUGGCAUUGCAUCUCACCAUCCACCCAGAAAGGAAUGCACAUUGGCGAGGUGCAAAUCCCUUUAGUGGGUUCAGCUGGAACCUGUUAUCCCUGGGUGUAAAAGGGCUGAAGUCCAUAGUGUACUUGCAGUUCAGGCAGAAUCCUGUUUGCCAAAUCCUCAGAGAGUUGAGCCUGCACCUAUGAGAGCAGGGUUCCCUCUGCCACCAGAAGAGGAGGCAUGGUGGAGCAGUGCCCCAGUAGUGGUGAGACAAGGGCUACCUUGGUCUAGGAGCUGCAUGGGCUGUGCUGGAUACACUGCCCCACCAGCAUUGGACUGAGUGAGAGCUUUAAACAUACUGACUGUGCUGAACUGGUAGCAGUCAGGUGUAGGGUGGACUUCUGUUUGAUUACUAAAAUGUUCAUAAUGCUCUCUGUCAGCCCACCUCCCUUUCUCUUGGCUGAUAUCCCUCACAGUCCAGGAUGAUCACUCCCACUGGUUAAGUAAAGAGUUUUUUAAAGAAUCUGUUGAUGGCUUUGAAAGGCUCACACCCAUCAUACUUGCUGAUAGGCAUGGCCCGGCGUGUUGGGCUGCAUCAUACCUGGGUCUGUUUGCCCACCACAACUUCUUGUUCACAUUGGGUGUAACCCUGAAGAUGGUGAUCAGUGGUUCCCUUAGGGCUCAAGAAUGACUCUAUUGGCAUACUUUUUGUGCGGCUCUCUGCCCCCCAAGCUUCACCCUUUCCUUUUGGGUGGUGUGGUCAGCCCUGAUGGUGCUCUGACCCUGUUAGAGUUGGAGCUGCUUGAGAGGAGGGAAAGAUGUUCCCAUUGGGACACUAAGAGAGAAACGAUUUUACCAGGUUGUGGGUGGGGGCUUGAGUUAAUCAAUUUGUGUAGAGCCCUCGGGUGAAUGUGGCCCUGCUUGCUGCCAUCUGGCACCUGGCAGAAAGGUGACAUGAGUUUCUCAGUCUCCUCUAUGACCUCAUCUAUUGAAGCCUCAGUUGGGGUCAGAUCCACUGACCUGUCCCUAGAGAGGAGUGGGCCUGGGGACAGAAUCUCCCUGACAUUUCCUGCAGCGAAGACACAUGCAAGGAUGCCUUCAAGUUCCUGGCAAUGGCCCUGUCAUCCUUUCAUGCCCCUUGGACACCCUGACCAUCCACAGGCCCAACUGACUCCCUGGCAGGUCUUUGUCUUCUCAUGGGCUUCAGGAAUGUUUCCUGUCACCUUCUGUGCCUCUUGCUCAUUUCUCCUCCACUUCUUCCUGGCUUUGUCUCAUUACAGUCUGACAUUUGAUUGCCUGGAGUAUCUGCCCUUUCUCAUUUUCCUCCUUAGGUUUGACUUCUACUGUCUGAAAGACAGGCAAGGUUCUUUGGGUGGAUGUGAUAUCUUUUAUUAGACCAAAAAAAAGUUCGAAAAAUGUACUUCACAAGUUUUUGGGCACAAUGUCUGAAAGAAGCUCCCACUGUGGACUGGGCUCUCUGCCCUGCUUCCACUGUCCCAGGAGCCACACAAGCCACACAAUACCACAUGCCUGCAGCCACAGGGAUGAGCUCUGUCCCCUGCCAGCCCGGUGGCAGCAGGCACAUGGCAUUUUGCAGGUCCCAGCACAAAGGCAGCAUGGUGCAGAACCCAGCCCACAGCAGCAACCUGCCUCCACCCCAUGCAGAAAUCCGGGGGACGUGCUCCCGAUGCCUCUCCCAGGAUGCACGCAGCAGCUGGGGCCUCCACCCCAUGCUCAUGGACAAGGCACCUAGGCUCUGACCAUCCCAUGACCCACCCCAGAAACCCAUUCACCCCAGCCCCCUCCCCUGCCUCUGCCCCACUCCCUCCCUCACUGUGGGGACCUUGAUCUGUCCCCCCAAACCUCCCACGCCAUGCUCCUUACCCUUCAAAGACUUGCCUGCUGUGAUGGGCAGUGCUCCUGGCUUUGUGCAGGCAGAGACUAAGUGUUUGUGUGCGUGUACCCUGCUGCAGCCAUCUGGAGCCUGUGCCUGGGCUGCCCUGUGACCCUCUGCACUGCCACUGCUGCCUCAUGUUUGGGGGGUCAAACCUCAUUAGCCCUGAUCUUCAACUGUCUAUGGCCAGAAGUGUGAUGUUGUCACCUCCUAGUUUUCUUAUAGUCACCAAAGCUUUCUUACUGUUCUGUGCCAGAUUGGUGUCCUUGAUCAUCCCUUUCCAGGCGUUGUGUCUCUCUACUCCUAUGGUAUCUAUUAGGUUUUCACCCAGUGUAGCAGUGGAUUCUGAGAAGGGGUCAAGGUGGUAAUCUUUCUCAUAUAGCGUGUACAGAUCUGAUGCUGAGCUCAACAUGCCUGGGAUAUAUCUUGUGCAGAAGCCCAUUGGGCUGAAGUGAUAUGCACUUCUCUUCACAACCCUCACAAAAUUGUUAUAAUUCUCGUGGGUCAGUGUAAUAUCCCUGACUGACUGCUGCAUUUCCUCUGUGAAGGAUGCCUAAUUGGCUUUCUUCAGAUUGAAAUGUCUUCAGAAGGGAGUGUUUUGCACCAUUACUGGGGACCCUACUUUGAUACUUCUAGAGCGAUGUUCGGUGUGAGGUAUGGGCCCCAACACUGCCUGCUUGAACAUCUGGCUGAUUCCACUGCUCACGAAGCUAAAGUCUGGGUUGUAUCCUCUUCUCCAGUGACUGCUAUUAAAUGAUUUGCUUUGUUCAGCAUCA